CACGACGCAGGCGCGGGCGCAGGCGCGAGGUGAAGCGUGCUGCCGGCCGCCCCGGCGGCUUCUUCCCAGAUUCAGCCACAACAUGGCAGCUGUCUUUAUGAGGAGGAUGGUGGUCUCCGCCGUGUGCCCUCUCCUGCGUCUGAGCCCCUGCACAGCGGAACCGCGCGCGCUCUCCACGCUCCUGCUGGGACCCCUUGGUGCUGCAGUCCCGGUUGGGGCGAAGCCCAGCGCAGCCGUGGCCUCGCUUCUGUCCAGUCGCCUCGCGCCGAUCCUGCCCCCUGCUCUGGGGUUCAAGACCAAGGGCGUCAUUAAGAAGCGCUGCAAGGACUGUUACAAGGUGAAGAGGCGCGGGCGGUGGUUCAUCUACUGCAAAACCAACCCGAAGCACAAGCAGAGGCAGAUGUAGCUCCUUUGGCUGCGAAUAAUGUGCAAAAGUGUAUUAUUUGCUUGGGAGACGGUGUUACCUUACUGAAAGAAAAAUAAAGUGUAAAAGUUC